AUGUACGAUUACAAGUUCACCUUUCACGAGAUGGAAAUGAGUAUGAAGCAUCACAUGGAUCUCGUGAUGAAGGCGAAAAGUGGCUUUCGCUUGAUAUAUGUUAUGUAUGUGGUACUGGUGAAGAGUUUGAGUUCCCAUAUACCGUUGAGGACAUGGAAAAGGGUAGACUAAUGUACAGAGACAGAAAGCAGUCAGCGGCCGUUACCAAAAUACAGCGUCUCUUCAGGAUGUAUAGAAGCAAGAAGGUGGUAGAUACUAUGAGGGCGCUCCCGGACAACUCGUUCCACCCUGACUUUACGAAAGCCAGGCAAAAUAUACUGAGUAUUGACGCCACGGAUUUUGCGCCCGCACUCUAACUAGCGGUAAUGGAGCAUAUUGCGAGAGCACGUUGCUUAAAAAGAAGACCAAAAUGCCAGAGGUAUUAUAGUGCAAACAUGCAAUGCAGAGUAUUAUCGAGUAUUUAACUUGUAUUUUGUGAUUUAUCGCAAGUCCUUGGUGGAAUGUCGGCACCUCAAAUACAAACGGUUAGUAGAGGCCCAAAAAGGGAUGCAUUUACUUCAAGCGCGUCCCAGAAAGCGCCCACCAAUGCUGAAGAUUUCUGAUUUCUUUCCGCGCGCAAAACGAAAGCAAAAAAUAGCUUAGCGUGCCAGAACCCCCGCACCGACCGCCGAAAAAAAACACACACGCCUGUGGUACAUAACGCGAUGAUUCUAUGACGAGGAACUAUGGAUAGCUAUAAAAACGAGGUUCUUAGAAAACGCCAGCAAAAACAAAUUGUCCAAAUGUUGCCAUAUAAUUAAGAAAAUAUUGCCAAAUUUGGACACACCUUUUCAAGGGGGUAACCCCCACCCUAGCGUAUACCCCUAAGCACCACUUGAAGCUGGAAUAUUUCGCUUCUCUGUUUCUUUUUUUUUCAUAUCCCGCGUUAAUCAGGUUAACCCCCCCCCAGUCCUAGUCUAUCACACUUCUCGGGACCUCGGUCGCUCCUAAUUUCUCGCAGCCCCUUUAGCAGAGCCUUUGGAGGCACUGCUUGGAUGACAUGCCUGAGUAUCUGGCACACCCGGCUUCCUAUAAGUCUAACUCUAACCCAGCGUUCAGUGGCAGUAUUAUUAGCUUCUUGGUACUGGCGAAAUAGGCGCCACUACGUUCGACUAACGACGUAGCUCAAUCAUAGAAAUGUUUUGUUUCUACGCAUUAAAACGCCGACAAUGCCACGCAUCCCAUCCCCCUCCGAGUACGUAUCCAGCGAGAGCCAGUGCGACACGUAUCUAGCGAGCGACACGGAUGUGAGCCAGAGCGAGGCGCCCCUCUUUCCCACGUGGCAUAGAUCCACCCAAUCCUGGCCGACUUUCCUUGAUUACAGCUUUGAACCUAGGUUUUAAGUCGUGUUCGAGCGCUAGUCAAGGAAAUUCGGCCCUACUAAUCGUAAAAAUACUCGAAAUAUGGCCAUUUUUACAUGAAAAUGGGGCAUAAAUUAGCGUAUCUGUACUGCCGAGGUGUCCCCCACAUGCGGGCUGUUCGGACGUCCACGGUGGUGAACACAUGACAGGAUGGUCAAUAUACGAACGGGAGAGGGGGAGCCAAGGGAGUCCAGCGUGCUGAUGGGACGUCCACGGCGGUGAACACAGCAACGGGUGGUGAAAGCACGAGCGGGGGAGGGUGGUGAAUUAUACAGACGGAUGUGUGCUAUGGUAGGCCGAAGGCUCGUUAAGCACGUGCAGCCACACCUGAACGGUACCAGCGUUUCGAAAAGAGUAGAAAGCCUUUUUCCCUCGAGGAUUGUGUGCUAGUCAGUUGCAUUGCGUGCACAUUUUCCUUCCUGGCACAACUAUCGACAAAAUGAAUUUGGGAAAACUCAGUGUUGUCAAGAUGUUGAAUCGCUUUUGAAAAAAAAAAAAAAAAGCAUUUUUCAGCAGCACGCGCGGAUUUUACUUUCGAAUUGUUGGGUCAACCGCAGAACGCAUGUACGGGCUGUGAGCAAUAUCCCCUUUAGCAGUACUCAUACGCCUUGCAGUAUGACGAGCUAGGCGGCAACCCCGUAAUCUACUAUUUGUUCCCUCGUCGAUACUUUGAAAAACGAAUGGUAUGGAGGCACUUGCUUUCCUCUUAAUCGCGCUAGCAAACAGCACGAUUCAAGAUGCCGGUUUUACAGUUAACCGCGUAAUACAUGUACAGAUGCCUCCUUCAUCAGCACGCUCGGGUCUUGCGAUGUUUUGAAUGACCCUGAAACCCUAUAAUUCACUGUUCGUUCCCUUGUCGAUGUUUUGAAAUCAUAUGUUGUGGGGGGGGCAAAAGAUAUAUUCGGGGGGUUGAAGCUUAGGACCACCGCAGGGUGGUCCUAAGCGGUCGCGAGCACAUGCUUUGCACCAUGGCGCCGAGUACGCAUGCACCACGUACUAGAUUUCGCAUUGCCUACGAAAGGCACGACAAAUUGAGGAAUGUGUGCUAUGGAAGGCAGAAGGCUUUGUUGCAGACGAUGGUCAGUAAAUCGAAUUUUACAGACGGAUACGGAUGUGUGCUAUGGAAGGCCGAAGGGUCUGUUGCUGCCUAUCAUGUG